ACCAGGUGGUUAGGAGCUAAGUGAGUUGCUUGAUCCUUGUUGCAGCUAAAACAGGUGAAGAGAUGGCUUCCCUCAGCUUUUUCUACCUGGAGCAGUUGCUGACUGGUAUUGGAGUUCUGAGCGUUCUCUGGCUCUUUCUGAAGGCUGCCUGGAGUUUAGCACAGGGGCUGAGGAUCCACGUGUUGUCUCAUGUGUGGAAAGGGGUAGAUUUGACUUCUUAUGGACCUUGGGCAGUGGUAACUGGACCCACAAGGGGUAUUGGAAAAGCCUACGCCCAUGAGCUUGCUAGAAGAGGCCUCAACGUGGUCCUCAUCAGCCGUUCCCUGGAGAAACUGAAGCAGGUGGCCUCAGAAAUCGAGGAGCAGCACGGCCGAAGCACCAAGGUGAUCCAAGCAGAUUUCACCCAUGGCUCAGAAAUCUAUGAGUCAAUUCGAGCUGCUUUGCAGGGUCUGGAGGUUGGCAUUCUAGUGAACAAUGUUGGUUUUAGAAAGCCCGGGCUCAAGCGUUUUCUGGAUUUUGAUAACACUGACAAGUUUACAGAUGAUGUGGUACGUUGCAACAUGUUUUCGACUGUAAAGAUGACGCAGAUUGUCCUUCCUCGGAUGGUGACUAGGAAGAAAGGAAUUAUCAUAAACCUGUCGUCCAUAGCUGGCUUGCGUCCAAUUCCACUUGUACUGAUGUACUCCUCAAGUAAGGUAUUUGAUGAUUUCUUCUCACAAGCUUUAGACAUCGAAUACAAAUCCAAAGGCAUCAUUGUGCAGAGCAUCCUGCCUGCGUAUGUUGAAACCCGUGUAAACACUAAGGUGCCUACAUUCUUCAAGACAUCACCGGAGUCCUUUGUGUGGCAGGCCUUGAACACUGUGGGUCUCACCAACAGAACCGCUGGCACUUUCAGCCAUGCUAUCCAGAGCAACGUACUAGAUAUGGUGUAUCCGGAAUGGACACUUCCCCCACCGCUUCUGGUUGAGCCUCUCCUUCUUGUGCACAAAGUUCUUGAAGGGGAAGCAGAAAGGCCAAAGCACAGAGAGCAGCUCGGCCAGGGUCUGAAAACGAAUCCUAAAUGA